UCUUUGUUAUUUAAUCAGGCUCAUUGCUGCUUGUCUGAAAUUUAGGUUAUUUAACUUAUAAAAAAAAUGAUUUGAUUUUGUAGGAUCAGUUUGAUCUACAAGGCAAUCCGAGUGAUGUAGCAAGGACUUUAAACACACAGUUUGGUCGGCGAUUGAGUAGCUUCACCUAUAGGUUGCACAAACAAUACAAGCAACUUAAGGAUGCAAGAGGGGAGGAGUACGCGAGAAGCCACCCACCUACAAGUGUUACUCUUAAUCAAUGGACAUCUCUAAUUGACAAGAAGUGGAAUAGUAAAGAAUUCAUGGAACAAUCACUAACUAAUGUGAAUAAUAGGAUGCAAAUGAAAACAAAACAUAGAUGUGGAUCAAAAUCAAUCCCGAUAAUUGCAAAUGGAGAAGUUCCUGAUUUGGCAAAGUUUUACAAGUCCAUCCACUAUAAUUCGAACACACAUGAAUGGAUUUCGUCGGAGAGCCAAGCUAAUUAUGACAACAUGAUAAAGACGCAAGCCGAACACCUCUCGCAGACUGGUGUGAUCCCUUUAAGCCAAGAGGAGUUGUCAGUUAAGGUACUUAAGCCAAGGUCAGGUUAUGUGAAAGGACUCGGCUUGAGGCCUUCUUCUUCUAUGAAGACUACUGUUGUACCUGCUGAAAAUAGUGACUAUGUUCAACGCCUUGAGAUGCAAAUAGCACAACAAAAUGAACAAAUUGCAAGAAGCAAAUGUGGUGAUGAUGAUGAUGAUGAUUUUGAAGUUCCACCAAUGGCUAUGCAAAAGAAGAAAGUCCUAAAAAAAAAAAGAGCAAAAGUAGUAAAGAAGUUCAAUCUAAUACUAGUGAUGAUGAAGACUGCAAUGAAAGCAAUCCAAGGCCUUUAA